AUGCCGAAAACGUCAAUCUUCAAAACACGUGUAGGAACAGAGUUACUUAUGGGAAAGGUAGUCAAGCUCAGUAACAUUGGCAUCGAUCAUGUUCCAUGUGCACAGGUGAGAUGCAGUAUGAACGAGUUCAAUGUAUACCUGAAGAAGUACUUUGCCCGUGCAUUUGAGUUUUGGGCUCUGGAUCGAGAAUCAAAAGGACAGCUUGGCGAUACUGUGCUGAUACGACGAAUUGGAAUUGAUCAAAGGCCUACCACUAAUGUUGCUCAUGCUAUUGAUCGUGUUGUAUUUAAAUAUGGUAACAUUGUCGAUCCUGUGACUGGUAAACGUGUCAUUAAAGACGAAUUUGCUGAUGAAAUUGAACUCCGUCGUCAACUUGUAGGAGAGAUCAUUGACGCUCCAUUAGAACAGGACGCCUUGUUAUUCGAUGAACGACGGGCAAUUCAGCGUCAAGUGUUAGAGGAAAAGCAAGCUUCUUUGGAAGAGAACUAA